AAGACUGAGAAUUCUGAAAGAAACCACUCCCUGACUCUCUCUCUCUCCCUCUCUCCCUCUCUCCCUCUCUGUACCCUGUUUUCUCUAUGUCUAUGGCGUUCAGUUUUUGGAUGAAUGAAUCAUAGAUAGUGGUAGUUUUUCCAAAACGGUUUUGGAGUAGAGGAGUGACUAGCAUUUGGGUUUGAGAUUUUAAAUUUUCAGCCAUGGCUGCAGCCUUGGAGUGCUGGUCCAGUCGAGCUAGUACUGACGAGGACUUGGUGGAACAAGUUCUAAUGAGGACCCAGGAUAGAUCAGAAGGUUUGGUUCCGGAGAGCUCUUCCGGUCCAGGAGUGAAGGAUUCGUCGGCUAUGCAGAAGAGGAUUCAGAAGUUGGGCCGGAACGUGUCUGAGGCCAUAAACUCGCUUAAGAACUCGUUGAAUCUGGACUCGGCUCGGGAUCAGAUGACGUCGUCGGCCAAGAUCGAGAGUUGUCGAAAGGUCGUUUGGUGUGGUGUUGUACGGAACCUCACGCAGCUUUAUCCUGGUAGUCAGUUACCGGAGAAGCUUAUCUCCAAUAUUCGCAAGCAUUACGAUUCGUUGCCACUCAGUUACGCUCAAGAAGGGUUUGAUAUCAAAGAGGUGUUUCUCCAUAUUAAAAUGCUAGAGCAGGCGGCUUUGGAUGACCACCCUUCUAUAUUGAUCCAAGAAGUGUCUGAAGAUGAUAUUCAGGGGUGUGUUUUCAGGCUUACAUUUGCGUGUAACUCAUCUAUUUCAUGGCCGGUAAUGUCCGGCGCACUAGACAGUGCGUCUAUUUGCUGCAAGAAGAUACAGAUCUUUGAGAAGAAAGGAUCUACUCUUGGUGUUGUUCUCCUUCUGGUUCAAUCUGGACAGGAGAAAACCUUUAAGACCCGGAUUGAAUCCGCUUUGAAAUCAGCUGUAAAGAAGCCUAAACAAACCUCAAAGAAGUUCGCUUUUGGGCUUUGUGGGUGUCAAGAGGAGAACAGGAAAGGUAGAGAAUCGGGAGAGAUGGAAGAGGACGUUGGUGACCAAAAUGGUAGAAAUGGGAUCGACAAUCCGAGUCAAAAAGUGCAGCUUGAGAUGCCUUUACCCACCUCAUCUUUUGUAGUGUCAGUUGACGAGUGGCAGACGGUUCAAUCAGGUGGGGAUGAAAUAGGGAAAUGGCUAUUGAACUCUGAUAAUCUUGAGUUUAUUGACCAGAUUGGACCAAAUUCAUUCAAGGGUGUUUACAAGGGAAAGAGGGUUGGAAUGGAGAAGCUCAAAGGUUGUGAAAAGGGUAAUUCAUACAACUUUGAACUAAGAAAGGAUCUUUUGGAACUCAUGACUUGUGGGCACAAGAACAUUUUGCAGUUCCAUGGCGUUUGUGUUGAUGAGAAUCAUGGAUUGUGCGUGGUGACAAAGUUGAUGGAAGGUGGAUCAGUUUAUGACUUGAUGCUUAAAAGCAAGAAGAUUCAGAGCAAGGAAAUAGUAAGAAUCGCUACUGAUGUAGCUGAAGGGAUCAAGUUCAUGAAUGAUCAUGGAGUUGCCUACAGAGAUCUCAACACACAGAGGAUCUUAUUGGAUAAGCAAGGAAAUGCUUGCUUAGGUGACAUGGGCAUAGUAGCUGUUUGCAAGAGUGUUGGUGAAGCAUUGGAGUAUGAGACUGAUGGUUAUCGUUGGCUUGCUCCUGAGAUAAUUGCGGGUGAUCCAGAGUGUGUGACAGAGACUUGGAUGAGUAAUGUAUAUAGUUUUGGGAUGAUUAUCUGGGAAAUGGUGACCGGCGAGGCAGCCUACUCAGCAUUUUCGCCGGUUCAGGCAGCCGUGGGAAUAGCUGCUUGUGGCCUUAGACCUGACAUUCCAAAGGACUGUCCACAAAUGCUGAGGUCUUUAAUGACAAAGUGCUGGAACAAUUGCCCAUCAAAACGACCUCAGUUUUCUGAAAUUCUAUCAAUAAUACUGCGACCCAACUAUAACAAUUGCAAAUAAAUUUCUUUGGAUCUAAUAUGACUGCUUCUUCUGCGAUUGAUAAUGCCCCCCACUAAAGAAAGCCUCCUGAAGUAUAGGAGUUGUUAUAUAUAAUAUAAUAAUAUAAAUAUAUGUGUAUGCAUAAAUGUAAAUGCAUAAAGCUUUUUUAUGUUGCUGAAAUGAAGAUAUGGUUCUUCUUUCAUGUUUUUCUCUACUCCGAGCCAACUGUCUGGAAGGAAAUGCUUUUCUUUGUCUGCCUUAAUUUUUUUUCUUAGGUUAAAAAAAUGUCUUCACCAUGCGCGCUAUAAUUGGCUGUGUGAUGGUAUGGGAAUAUUCAUUAUAAAGUAUAGGUUAAUUCUCAAGUA